AAGACCCAAGCAUUUUUUAGCCUUCUUUCCUUCUCAGUGCGUUACCGUGAGACAGAGCAACGGCGAAAACCGAACCUGAUUUUGGAAAUUUUCAAAACUCAUCCGUCCCUCUCCCUUUCGUUUCCCCAAAUCCCAUAUCCCACAUUUGCCCAUUGGAGGAAGGAACCACGGCGGAGAUAUGGGGGCUUAUAGGGCCGACGAUGACUACGAUUACUUGUUCAAGGUUGUCCUGAUCGGUGACUCCGGUGUUGGUAAAUCCAACCUUCUUUCUAGGUUCACCCGCAACGAAUUUAGCCUCGAAUCCAAGUCCACCAUCGGCGUCGAGUUCGCCACUCGUAGCAUUCAGGUCGAUGAUAGAGUUGUCAAGGCCCAGAUUUGGGAUACUGCUGGCCAAGAAAGGUACCGUGCUAUUACCAGUGCUUACUACCGAGGUGCUGUUGGUGCUUUACUAGUCUAUGAUGUCACACGUCAUGUUACAUUUGAAAACGUAGAGAGAUGGUUGAAGGAGCUUCGGGAUCACACCGAUGCAAACAUUGUGAUCAUGCUAGUUGGGAACAAAGCAGACCUGCGUCACCUGCGUGCAGUUUCUACUGAAGAUGCUAAAACUUUCGCUGAAAGAGAGAACACCUUUUUCAUGGAAACAUCUGCACUGGAGUCUUUGAAUGUUGAAAAUGCCUUUACAGAAGUGCUGACCCAGAUUUAUCAUGUCGUGAGCAGGAAGGCUCUUGAUAUUGGAGAUGAUCCAGCAGCAUUGCCCAAAGGGCAGACAAUCAACGUUGGAUCAAAAGAUGAUGUAUCAGCUGUGAAGAAAGUUGGAUGUUGCUCGGCUUGAGCAUGGAGUUGAAGUCUUAAAAAAUUUUUAUAGUCAUUCCGUGCUCUGUUCAUAUCAAUAUAGAGAGAGGUUACCUGGCCCGGACAAGAAUGCAAAUGACAACAACUCAUUAACACUUUGAACAUUGUGCUUGAACGCUGGAGAGCUUUGUUUAGGAUCUAAGAGACAUAUAGUAGUUUUAAUUAACUUCAAAGAUUUCUUGCUUCUGUUUCUUGUGAAUUGCUUCAAGUACUAAUCAAGUAAUUUCAUAUGA